UAGCCCCGCCCCCCAGUGUCCCGGAGGUGUAGCUGUGUCGCCCCUAUCGCGCGGAGUUGGGGUGUUGGCGGAACCUGCGGGCGGCGAGGCGCCCUGGAGGCAGCGGAGGCGUCUGCGCGGCCCGAGCCGCAAGAAGAAGAGGAGGACGAGGAGGAGGCGCUGCCUCACUCCGAGGCGGUAGACGUGUUCCAGGAGGGUCUGGCCAUGGUGGUGCAGGACCCGCUGCUCUGCGACCUUCCGAUCCAGGUUACUUUGGAAGAGGUCAAUUCCCAAAUAGCACUAGAAUAUGGCCAAGCAAUGACGGUCCGAGUGUGCAAGAUGGAUGGAGAAGUAAUGCCUGUGGUUGUAGUCCAGAAUGCCACGGUCCUCGACCUGAAGAAGGCCAUCCAGCGAUACGUGCAGCUCAGGCAGGAGCGUGAAGGGGGCAUUCAGCACAUCAGCUGGUCCUAUGUGUGGAGGACAUACCAUCUGACCUCCGCAGGAGAGAAACUCACAGAGGACCGGAAGAAGCUCCGAGACUAUGGUAUCCGGAAUCGGGAUGAGGUGUCCUUCAUCAAAAAGCUGAGACAAAAGUGAACCUCCAGACAAGGACAAUUCUGAGUCUUGAGCUCACCUCACCCCAGAUGGGCCCAACUGGACUGUCAGCAUGAAUCCUUAUCACACGGCAGAUUCCACAGGGCUGGGAGCCUAGCCCUGUGCACAGAAUAAACCUAUUUCUGCUUAGUUUGCAAAGUCAAGCCACAGUUCCAGGGGCAGAAGGGACUGGCGCUGCCCCAUCAGAGACGGGAGGCAGAGGCAGAGACUGGUGGCGGGUGAGUCCCAAAGUCUGAGAUGCUACAUCUGAAGCUUGGGCCACCCCUCUCCCCAAACCACACGAGCCUGUCACUGUGAUGUCUACAGCCAGGAGGAAGUAAAAACACAGUGACUAGC